CCUCAGUUGCCCCCAAACCCUUUAGAAGUAAAGUUGUACACAUUGAUAGCGAGAAAAGGAGAAAACAAAAGCAUAAUUCCACAUAACCUUGAGCGGAACAACGGGUGUGCCCCUCCCCCCCAUCCCACCCAGCCAUCUGUGACGUUGUGGCCUCCGCUGGGCCUGUUCCUUCCUCGCAGGACCCACUGUGAUAUCCUCCGCCGCUGCAUGAACACCGUCGGCAGAACGGGAAAAAAAGCGGAUUUCUUUAAGCAUUUUAAGUGGUGUCUGACGUUAUCUCGGAAAGUGCAGAGAGGAAAAAACGCGUCAGCUGAACUUCUUGCGCACCCAGUGGAUACUCAUUUGUUGUGAAGAUGAAGACGCGGGCGUGCCUUGCUUACCUCAUGGUGGGCGUGUGCGGGCUGGCCGCCGCCCUGCCCUUCCUCGGCGAGGGCGGGCAGAUGGGGCCGGGAGAAGGACCAAGAGACAAUAAUCCCGUGUUUAACGUGUGGGAAUUCGCCUACGUUCACGACGGCUCCGUGAACACCAGGUCGGCGCAGGCGGAUGAGGCGCCCUUGCUUGUGGGCCAUCGUGUCGUGUUGCGGCGCUCGCUCGGGCCAUGGGCGGGACGAGUGCUUCGAGACCCUAGGCUGCCCAGGGGCGUGGUUUGAUAACCUCUGCUCACAGGACUUCCAAAGCGCAGCCCACUCCGAGGUGUCCAACAUCCUCCAGUUCGGUUAGACGGGUUUGGACGAGAGAAGACGGGAGAGCCAGCGAAGGGCGAAGGAGGUCGUGCAGGAAAUGCGGGAGAAAGGAUGUUGACCAGAUGGAAAGGAGAAGAAAGAUAGAAAUGAUAAAAAAAACGAAAAUUCUGCAAGUACAAACCAGAGGGGAGAGAAUGCAAUAUCAGUGGAAUUUCGGGAUAGGGGACCGUAAUCUAUGGUAACAGGAUGUCUGAUGAAGGUUUGGAAAUGCGAUGAUUUUGAAGUCAAUAACAACGAAAUAUAUCAAAGGAAAAUAUGAAAAGUUAUAAUGAAUGGCACGAAGAUUAGUCAAUUCAAAAUUUCCUUAUUUUUCUAUUUGGUAAAUUCAGGAUUUUUUUCUUGCAUUUAUUGAUUUCAGGUGUGUAGAAAAUGGUACUAUGGGUUUGCAAGUGAAAAUCAAAUAUUAUACGUUAUAGUACAUAGCCCAACAGACUAUUUAUACCGUAGCUUUAUAAUCUUAGUGGUACUAAUAUUUAUUCCAAGUAUUUCAGUUCAUUUAUAGUCCAUGUAAAAUUCGUGUGAAUCACAUUUAAGUUAGUUUAUUUGAUUGGAAAGAAAAUAUAUCUGGAAAAGAUAAAUUGUCCUGAAUUAACUAUUUUGUAAGACUACUGUGUGCGCAGUUAAUUUUAUGUUAGUCCUCAUAACAAAAGGGUUAUGUAAUGCAGAUGUCUAUGGGAAGCCUUUGUAUAAUAAAAUUUUCAAAUAUU